CUUCAGCACUAUUGUAAAUGACGGUGUUGUUCUACCUGCUCGUUCUGUUUACGGUCCGUCAGUCCCGUAUGUGCGUGAUUCACCUGCUCAAACGCUCCUGAAGAUCCCCUGAAGUUUAACACGGAUCGGCCUUGGAAGUGUUUUAUUUCGGUCUGGAUGAGUCAGUGUGUCUGUUCUGGGCAUUUAAUCUGUAACACUUCCACAUGAUCACUGCUGGAAUGACACGCACAGCUCCGUAACGAGUAGUCACACUCUCAAAAAACAGGAACUGCUGAGACAGGUGCAGAAGAUCUUCAAGAUGGAUGAAAGUUCUGUGAAUGAGUCUAAUGUGAAAGUGGCGGUCCGGGUGCGACCCAUGAACAGGAGAGAACGAGACUUGAAGACAAAAUGUGUUGUGGACAUGGAAGGAAAUCAGACCAUCCUGCACCCGGCGAGUGGAAACCUAGGAAAGGGCGACAGCAGGAACAAACCAAAGGUUUUUGCAUAUGAUUAUUGCUUCUGGUCUAUGGAUGAGGCUGAGGCGGCCAAGUUUGCAGGUCAGGAUGUGGUGUUUCAGUGUCUUGGAGAGAGUCUUUUGGACAGCGCUUUCCAAGGAUACAACGCCUGUAUAUUUGCAUAUGGGCAAACAGGCUCAGGAAAGUCGUACACGAUGAUGGGAGCGGCAGAGCAGCCGGGUCUGAUCCCGCGACUCUGCAGUUCUCUGUUCGAACGCACUGUAAAGGAGCAGAGAGAGGGUGAGAGUUUUACAGUGGAGGUGUCCUAUAUGGAGAUCUACAACGAGAAGGUGCGAGACCUUCUAGAUCCCAAAGGGAGCCGGCAGGCGUUGAGGGUCCGGGAGCAUAAAGUGUUUGGCCCGUAUGUAGACGGUCUGUCCCGUCUUGCUGUGGCCAGCUACAAGGACAUCGAGUCUCUGAUGUCGGAGGGGAAUAAAUCCCGCACUGUGGCGGCCACGAACAUGAACGAGGAGAGCAGUCGCUCGCACGCUGUCUUCAACAUCAUUCUGACGCACACGCUCAGAGACCUGCGGACUGGGACAAGUGGAGAGAAGGUGAGCAAACUCAGUUUGGUGGAUCUGGCUGGCAGUGAGAGAGCAGAUAAAACUGGAGCUGGAGGAGAAAGACUCAAAGAAGGCAGCAAUAUUAACAGGUCUCUCACAACUCUUGGACUGGUGAUUUCGGCGUUGGCGGAGCAGGGUGCAGGAAAAAAUAAGAAUAAAUUUGUACCUUACAGAGACUCAGUCCUUACAUGGUUACUGAAGGACAGUUUAGGAGGCAACAGUCGCACAGCUAUGGUUGCAACGGUGAGUCCAGCGGCUGACAACUACGACGAGACUCUGUCCACGCUACGGUACGCAGACCGGGCCAAAAGCAUCGUUAAUCACGCAGUGGUUAACGAAGAUCCGAACGCCAGAAUCAUCAGAGAGCUGAGAGAAGAGGUGGAGAAACUCCGCAGCCAGCUCACCGAGGCUGAGUCAAUGAAAGCUCCUGAGCUCAAAGAUAGACUGGAGGAGUCAGAGAAGCUGAUCCAGGAGAUGACCGUGAGCUGGGAGGAGAAACUCAGGAAGACUGAGGAGAUCGCACAGGAGCGACAGAAGCAGCUGGAGAGUUUGGGAAUUUCUCUGCAGUCAUCUGGGAUCAGAGUCAUCGAUGAUAAAUGCUUCCUGGUUAACCUGAAUGCAGACCCCGCCCUCAAUGAACUGCUCGUCUAUUACUUAAAGGAACACACUCGUGUGGGUUCUGCAGACUCUCAGGACAUUCAGUUGUGUGGUUUGGCGAUUCUGCCAGAGCACUGUCUUAUAGAAAUCAAACUAGAGACGGGAGUCACACUCACCCCGAAGAGAAACGCACGCACAUGUGUGAACGGCGCUGUGGUCUCGACUCCUGUCCAGCUGCAUCAUGGGGAUCGAAUCCUCUGGGGAAACAACCACUUCUUCAGGAUCAGCGUGUCUAACAUGUAUCGUGUUGGUGUUGAGGAUGAGGAGGGAAGCACGACGAAGGCCGGUCUUAACCCUGAGCAUCUGGAUGUGGAUGUAGACCGUCUCAGUCAGGCCUCCAGUGACAACAGCUUCAGUUUUGAGUCCGCACAGACCGAAGUCAUGAUGAAAGCACUGGGAAACAAUGACCCUCUGCAGUCGGUGCUUCACUCUCUGGAGCGCAGGCAUGAGGAGGAGAAACGUUCGGCUCUGGAGCGCCAGCGGCAGAUGUACGAGCAGGAGCUGCAACAGCUGCGCAAACGUCUGUCGACAGAGCUGCAGACCCCAGGCUCUCAUCCGCAGCUCCACCGCAGCAGCGAGCAGCUCAGCGUCAGCAUGCUCUCCUCUCAGAGCCGACUGCGCCAGUGGAGUGAGGAGAGAGAGGUUUUGAUGAAUCGAAGUCUGCUAAAGCUCAAAGACCAGAUCGUAAAGGCCAAUGGGCUGGUUCAGGAGGCCGGAUUCAUCGCUGAAGAGCUCAACAAGAAAACCGACUAUAAAGUCACACUGCAGAUACCGGCUGCCAACCUCAACGCCAACCGCAAGCGGGACACGGUUCUGAGCGAGCCGGCCGUGGAGGUGAGGAGGAAAGGCAAAGGGAAACAGAUCUGGUCCAUGGAGAAGAUGGAGAACCGGCUGGUGGACAUGAGAGAACUCUACCAGGAGUGGAAAGACUAUGACGAGGACAAUCCUGCCAUGCGUUCCUACUUCAAGCGUGCCGAUCCGUUCUUUGACGAGCAGGAAAAUCACAGUCUGAUCGGUGUGGCGAACGUCUUCCUGUCCUGUUUGCUGUACGACGUCAAGCUGCAAUAUGCAGUUCCCAUCAUCAACCAGAAGGGGGAGAUGGCAGGUCGCCUUCACGUAGAAGUUCAGCGUCUGAGUGGAGAACUAGACGAGCGGGAGACGGGAGGCUCUGAGAUCAGUCCGGACGGCGAAACGCAAGAACGCAAACUUACCUGCAUGAUCAAGGUGUUGCAGGCGACAGGAUUGCCUCUGCACCUCUCGAACUUCGUUUUCUGUCAGUAUCAUUUCUGGGAGCAACAGGAACCCGUGUUUAUCGCCCCGGAGGUGGGUCUGUCCGCCCCCAGCAGCCGAGAGCCGCAGAGUCUGGUGCUGUUUGACAGCUGCAAGACUCUGGAAGUGACCGUAACUGAAGAAUUUCUGGACUUUCUGAUGGACGGCGCUGUGGCGGUUGAGGUUUAUGGGCACAAACAGGCAAAUCCGCGCAGGAAUCUGGCUCUCUGGGAUCUCGGGGUGAUUCAGGCAAAGACUCGCUCUCUCAGAGAGAGGUGGAGUGAAGUGACCCGCAGGCUGGAGCUCUGGGUUCAGAUCCUGGAGCUGAACGAUGCUGGAGAGUUUGUGCCGGUGGAGGUUCAGCCAGCUAAGGACGUCUGCACAGGAGGAAUCUUUCAGCUCAAACAUGGUCAGUCCAGGCGUGUUCAGGUGGAGGUGCGUUCGGUCCAGGACUCCGGCACCAUGCCUCUGAUCACCGAGUCUGUGCUCAGCGUCUCUGUCGGCAAUGUGGAGGUCCAUCACACUCGAUCCGGCAAAAGCAUAGAGACCCAGAGGAUGGAAGACAAAGAUGUCGACAGUUAUCAGGAGGUUGAUCUGGAGAGACUGAGGGCCCGGUGGCUCACAGCUCUGACUGAACGACAGGAAUAUCUGGAUCAACGUCUCCAGAAACUUGUUGGCAAGCAAGAUAAGUCAGAAGAGGACGUGGAGAGCGAGUCCCAGCUGCUGGAGUGUCGUCUGACACUGACGGAGGAGAGAAACGCUGUACUGGUGCCCUCUGCUGGCAGCGGUAUCCCAGGAGCCCCGGCGGAGUGGCUUCCUAUGCCAGGAAUGGAGACCCACAUCCCAGUCAUCUUCCUGGACCUCAGCGCUGAUGAUUUCCAUGAUCAUCUGUCCGCUCCUCUAGCUGGAGGUGUGGAUGCUGCGCUCGACAGAGAAGAUAAAGAUGAUUUUAUAGACUUACAGAUAGUCAAACACUACGAGACAGUGGUGAAGGCAGAGGCAUCAUGGGACUGCACCGUUCAUGACAGUUCUGAGCUAAAUCGAGCGACGGGGCUGGAUCAGAGGAUUUACCUCACCGUCCGCACCAGCGUUCUGCUCAGUCAUCCCGCACAAAUGCAGCUGGUCCUACGCAAGCGCAUCUGUGUGAACCUCACCGGACGACAGGGUUUUGCUCAAAGUCUGCUGAAGAGGAUGUCUCACCGCAGUUCAAUUCAUGGCUGUGGAGUCACGUUUGAGAUCGUCUCAAAUAUCCCAGGGGACAUUCAAAGCUCUGAGGACAGAGAGAUGCUCGCUCGACUGGCCACCAGCACAGACAAACCAGGAGCCGACAGUGAAGCCGCCAUCGAGAAAUACCUGCGGAGUGUGUUAGCGGUGGACAACAUCCUCACGCUGGACCGUCUCAGACAGGAGGUUUCAGUGAGGGAACAUAUGACAGAUAAAGGAAAGAUUCCCAAACGCUGCCUCAGUUCACCAAAUGUUCAACGGCUCUCUGGAAGCAGGAAAGAUCUGUCCACCAGCCAAGACUCAGAAGACAGUAAAGGUGGUUUUGACAGUCGGCAGGAGAUUUCUGUGCUAACAUCAUCUCCAAAGAAUCAAUCUCGCUCAGCGUCAGUACAAAAUCAAAACUCAGAGCCAGGUAACUGUCCUCAUCCUCCUCUGCUGUCCACGUUUUCCUUCUCAGGUCUCUCAGGAUUUGCUGCAUCUUAUUUCUCCCCAGUGAAAGCUUUAGUGUCUCCAGUACCCAAGAUGUUCAAGUCUCUGUUAUCCAAGAAAGAGGAGAAGAAAGAGAUGCCUCCUCCUGCUGGCUUUGAGCAGAAUGUGCCACGUAUUAUUGUGCAGUCUGUCAGUCAUGAAGACAUCAACAGCUAUGAACUGACUCCACAGGGUCCAACAAAAGACACAAUUCAAGACAGCCAAUCAGAAUCUGCUUCCUUUGUGCCCAUAUUUCCGGUUAUUCUUGAUAAAGUAGAGACCACUGAAGCAUGCACCAUAUCCUCAGAAACCACAUCUAGUAUCCAGAUAAGCCAUGCAAUGGAAACUCCAAUUUCAGAGAACCCAGAGAACGUUGAGGAGGUUCCGCUGCCUCAUCUUCCUCAAGAAGUUAAAGAAGUUCCACCUCAUUCUGUUCCUACAGUGGUUGAGAAAGUGCUACCUUCUAAUCGUUCUCUAGAGGUUGAGGUUUCACCUCUUAAUCCAUCUUCAGAGGUUGAGGAAGCUCUACUUCCAUCUGUUCCUUCAGUGGAUGAGGAAGUUCUAUCUUCCAGUCCUUCUUCAGAGGUUGAGAGGGUUCUACCUCCAUCUGUUCCUUCAGUGGAUGAGGAAGUUCUACCUUCCAAUCUUUCUUCAGAGGUUGAGGAGGUUCUACCUACAUCUGUUCCUCCAGUGGCUGAGGAAGUUCUACCUCCUAAUCAUUCUUCAGAGGUUGAGGAGGUUCUACCUACAUCCGUUCCUCCAGUGGCUGAGGAAGUUCUACCUCCUAACUUUUCUUCAGAGGCUGAGAAGGUUCUACCUGUAUUUGUUUCUCCAGAGGCUAAGGAGGAUUCUUCUUCAUCUGUUCCUGCAGAGAUCAAAGAGGUUCCACAUCUUUCUGUUUCUCCAGGACUCAAAGAGUCUGUACCUCCUACUGUUCCAUCAGAGAUUAAGGAGGUUCCACCUCCUGCUCCUGUAGAGGUUGAAGAGCCAAAGCAAAGCCCGGUUGGUGACUCAACAGACGGCUCCAUCAGCGAUGUCUCAAGUGGUUACAUUUCUACAAGUGUCUCCACAGCGACUCUCUCUGAGUGUGCGCUCUCGACUGUUGAUUCUCCUGUCCUCGACAACACAGAGACCAAAAUAGACACUACCUUCAAGAAGGUUGAACCAAAAACAGAGUUUGUGCCAACAAGCAGCACAUCUCCAGAGCAUCAAUCCAAACUUGAACCAGCUGACCUGGAACUUGGAGAACAGAUAUCUGCAGAAUCCCAGACGUUAGAAGAACAUGGUCAAGAUGCAUCUCCUCAAAAACCCCUCAGAGUUUCUGAUUCCUUACCUCAAGAAAUUUCUGAAGCCAACGUCUCUUUAUCCCAUUCAGCUGCACCACCAGUUGCCUCAAAAACAUCUAAUCCAUCAGUACCGGUGAAGGCCGCUAAGCCAUCGACAGCUGCCCAGCAAUCAAGAUCUGAACAAAACGUCAAACUCACUCCUGCUCCCGCCUCCAACCCAUUCCAAAUCCACCGAGUCAAGACCUCCGGCCUAAAGUCUUUCAAUAGGAUCCUGCAUGAAGAUGAAGAGGAUAAAACAAAACUCAGUAACUCUUUAUCUGCAUUGAGCGAGUCUCAAGAAAGACUAGAGAUCCUUUCGGAUUCAGAAGAAAACUUUGAGACUCCCGAUUGGCUAAAGGAGGGGGAAUACGUUUCUGUGGGCACUAAUAAAACUGGAACAGUCCGUUACGUUGGACCGACUGAAUUUGCAGAGGGUGUUUGGGUUGGAGUGGAACUUGAUGUACCAGCAGGUAAAAACGAUGGUUCAGUUGCCGGUCGCCAUUACUUCCAUUGCAACCCUGGAUACGGCGUUCUCGUGAGACCAAAUCGGGUCACGAAAGCAACGGGUACCGCUAAACGGUUGAGGCAGAAACGCAAGCAGAACCUCUCAGGAUCUAGUCCCAACUUGGCAGCCCUUACAGCGCUGGCCAAAGGAGAAGCCGGCGCACGCAAGAGUGAAAACAGGAAGUCUUGGGUUAGCUGAGGACAGUGCAUCCUUGUUAAUGGACUUGUACGGAGGACAGUAUCGGUAUGGCACUGAAACACUACACUGAUACCUGCAAGAAUGUAACCGCGAUCUGAUUUACUAAUGCAUAUCUACACUACAUAGUGCCUAGUGUUUGAAAAACCCAUGCGUCAAGGCAUAUUUUCAGCAGUAUUUUUAGUAUUAUUCUUUUUUUUUAAUUUAAUAUCACAAAGUGCCUUGUUUAUCUGAACCCAGUGUCAGGGAGGAUGUGCAUGCAUUGGUUUCCUAGAAAAUGCAGGAUAUUGAUGGAUUCACUAAGCGCUUCAUUUCAUUUUAUAUACAGUAGGUAGGUGAGAUGGGUUUUACUGGUGGAGAUUAAAAGUGCCAGACGUUUUAUUCAGACAGUUUUAUUCAUAAAUGAUUGUUUUUAGUGUUAUUAUGGUGAGUUAGUUCUGUAUUUUCUCUGGUUUGGUACCUUUGUGUUAUUGUUUUUCCUUCUUCUUUUGAAUGAGUAAUUUAUGAUCAAAUUGUUAUUUAUUUUUCAGAUCAAGCUAAUGACAAAAAAAUAAUAAUGCUGAAGAUUUUAUAUUUCAAUGGUGAAAGUAAUAAACUUUAUUAUUUUAUUAUCCUGCCUUAUAAACCUCUGAAUGCUGUAGUAAAAGAUUUUAU